GCCAUUCUUUCGCACACUUGGCUCGGCGACACUGGAAAGAUGGCUUUCGCACAGCUGAGUACUGAUCCACACUGGCGAGCCAUCCUUGGAGCACGCAAGAUCGAAUACUUGUGCAAACAGGCUGCCAAGGAUGGCUAUGAGUGGGCCUGGAUCGACACAUGUUGUAUUGACGAGACCAACAAUGCUGAUUUGUCAGAAGCUAUCAACUCGAUGUUUCGCUGGUACCAACGUUCGGCUGCUUGCUAUAUCUAC